AUGGACAACGACGCCAACGGACGCAGUGUCAAAGUCACCAAGCUUCUGCCCAAAGGCCUUGCAGCUACGCGACGAUGGAGGAAGCAGCCGUCAAAAGAGAGUUUUGGAUCAGCAGCAAGCGGCGAGGAUGGACCUCGUGGACGAAGCCCUCACAGUCGGGGUGCAUUCCACGCCGACAAUAGCUCCUCGGAGCACACGUCGCAAGCGCAAUCGCAAGCCAGCCACUACCCAGAUGAUUACCGAGACGAAGAGGAAGAUGGAGAUGUUACCCCUGUACUAGAUGAUUGGGAUCCUGAUUUAUCGCCAAUCCGGCCCACCGGUCCUUCUACACACCCGUCACAAAUAGGGCACCUCACAACUUCAUCACCCAUCAUCCAAGCCGAACACGCACCCAGGGUGCACAACAUCGACGAGCUGGCGAACACCGACAACGACAGUCUCUCCAGGUCGGCGACCUACUCCGUGUCCGUCUCUUCGAGCAACCUCGACGAGCCUGUAAAUCGCCCAGUCUCUGCGCCAAAGGCUGGUCUGCAGCCGCCGCUAGGUGUUGCGUCUCGACGGUCCAAAUCGCCCGCCGGCAGAUUCAAGGACGUUUUCAAGAGCAAGAAGAACACGAGCGCAACUCCGAGCCUGAGCAGUCAAACUUCGUUCGGUAUAGAUCAGGCAGACUUCGUUUCCGAGAACGCAUCAUCCAGGCCCGCCACUAGUUCCGGGGCCGAGUUCAAUGACGCCAAGGUUGCUUCCCCUGAAAGACGACGUUUGAGGACGGCCGCCACCAUCGAUACCACGAAACGACCACAGACACCUCCUUCAGAUCAGGGAGCGCCUGCAAUAGUAAACACGCCCCCGACCCCACCACCUGCUGCCCGUAAUCAUUCACGCGGAGCAUCAGAUUCGGGUCCCUUCCCGGUACCCAGUGUCACCGUCUCGCCUUCGGGCAGUUCUCUGCGACGAGCACGAUCCGGUUCGGCGACCAGUCUCGGACCAAGCAAGUUGGCAAACAUCACACUUCCACCCUUGACGCCAACCCCUGAGAACGGCCUUCCGCCAACUCCUGGAGGAUCGGGCUUUUUCUCGUCUAUGUUUUCAGCGGCACAGAACGCUACAAAUACUCUGAGCAACACAGUCACCACCAGUAUUGGUCUCAACAACAAGCCCAAGACCCCUAUUCCCGCCGAGUCUCAAGAGGGCGACGGGGACACUACCGAAGUAGAAACAGGAACGGGCCAGUCUAGGGAAGCAAAUAUGGGCGAGCCUGCAGUCAAGACUCUCGGCCAGGGCGACCUGAGCCUCAGCCAUUUGGGCAUACAAGACAAUGGCAGCGCAGCUCCCACGCCCCAACUGUCCAAAUUCCCGGACCACCUCCAAGACACGAGGACGCGCUCGGAAUCUGCUCCAUCAGCCCCAGAUGCAUCUCAGAACUCGCAGCCCGCCUUGGCAGUUGACGACUCUGGAUACAGACCACGAUCUCUAUACGAAUCCACCGGCGACCGCUCCCCAACAGCCAGUCUGUACGAAGAAAAGACUGGUGGGCUUACUCGAAGUGGUAGCAUUCGCAGCGCUAUUGGACGCCGGAGAAAGCGAGGCAGUACUGGAGGCACAGCCGGGACAACUGGCACCACCAUUGGAGCAGCCAUUGCAGCUGCUAAUGCCAGCGUCGCUCACCCCAAUGCGGCCGGAAGUGUACCAAAAUUGACAGGAUUUGCGGUGGCUAGCAAAAAACGCAACCGCGAUUUCCACACCCUAUUUAAAAGUGUACCAGAUGACGAUUAUUUGAUCGAGGACUACAGCUGCGCUCUGCAGAGGGAAAUUCUGGCCCAUGGCAGACUGUAUGUUUCUGAAGGCCAUUUGUGUUUCAGCAGCAACAUUCUUGGUUGGACCACGACCCUGGUUAUGAGCUUUGACGAGAUAGUAGCUGUGGAAAAGAGAAGCACUGCUCUGGUCUUCAAGAAUGGUCUCAUGAUCUCGACGCUGCACGCCAAACAUGUCUUUGCUAGCUUUACUAGCCGAGACUCGACAUACGAUUUGAUAGUCAACAUUUGGAAACUUGGACACCCGACCUUGCGCAGCUCCCUCAAUGGUGUCGUACUUGAGGAAACUGGCGGUGAUAAGACGGAAAAGGUCACCGACGCAGACGUACCUCUGGACCAUAGCGGUUCUGGUUCUGAUAUCGGCGAGGAGGACGCUAGUGAAGACGGGUCCGACGACGUCUACGAUGAGGACGAGGAAGGCGAUGAUGCCAUCGAGGCUGAUACUGCAGCAGAAGCCAGCAUGGUCGAUGCAGAGGCCGAUAGAGCAGCCACUCGUAAAGCAUCCGGCGCACAAGCUAUCAAUGGUACAGCCGAGAAACCAGCAGCCGGCGCGCCAGUGCCAGCUGGUGCAACCGACUUCCCUGGUCCGGCCACCCACGCGCCGACGGAGUGUGGCGAUGCCGCAACACAUUACGAAAGGCCAUUGGCAGAUGAAGUGAUAGCUGCGCCUCUGGGCAAGGUUUAUAAUCUGGUCUUUGGGCCUGCCUCGGCCAACUUCAUGGGCAAGUGGCUCACUAACGAGCAGAAGUGCUUGGACCUCCAGAUGGACGACAAGGUUGGUCUGACACAGGACAACAAGUCUAGAGGCUACACCUACAUCAAACCUUUGAAUGCUUCGAUAGGACCACGUCAGACAAAGUGUGUGGUGACGGAAAGCAUCGAGGGUAUCGACCUCGAAAAGGCUGUGAAUGUCUUGGUGGUGACACAAACUCCUGACGUACCCAGUGGUAACGUCUUCAGUGUCAAGACAAAGUACUGUCUUUCGUGGGCUGAGAACAACGCGACACGUGUGCAAGUCAACUGUACCAUUGAGUGGACCGGUAAGAGUUGGAUCAAAGGUCCUAUUGAAAAGGGUGCCAACGACGGCCAAAUUCAGUACUGCAAGGAUCUAUUUGGUAGCCUGAGGGCAGCCAUCUCAUCGCGACCAGCUGCUGCCGGUGGUGCAGGUGUCAAAGGCAACAAGAAGAAGAAGGGCAAGAAGCUGCACAAGACAUCACGGGAGUCGCUCAAUACAGCGGCACAGCCAGCCGCAAAGAAGAUGCAAGAUUGGGGUGCUUUGGAGCCACUGCAUGGAAUACUCGGCCCGGUGGUGGACAUAGUCAAGCCCAUCUUGACUGGCAAUGUCGUCUACGGUUUACUAGUCGGGCUUUUGGUGGCCUCGUGGUUUGGCUUUGGCUUGAACCCGCGCAGCAAUGGCGGCGGAUAUGGAUCUGGUCUCGGCUUCCCCAGUCACUCGGACCGUUUGAUUGCGUACGAGGAAAUCUGGCGUAGGGAGGAGAGCGACCUAUGGGACUGGCUCGAAGAACGAGUGGGCCUUCACCGGAUGCAUGAGGGCGCUAUGCCAGUCCGAAAACAUGUUGCUGAACCGCGUGUUGUAGAGGAUAGGCUUCGGGAAGACAAAAUGACAGGACGCGAAGUCGAGGAAGCAAUCAGGGUCACGGAAGAGAAGCUGCAAUUAUUGAGAGAGGUGCACAACCGGAAACACCCAAAGCCGUCUGGUCAGGACAGAGUCUUCACAAGACCCACGACACAACCUGAGACGGACAGGUGA